UGAUGUUUUGGCACUGCCUAUUUUCAAACAGGAAGAUUCCAGCCUUCCACAAGAAAAUGAGACCAAACAUCCACCCUUCCAGUAUGUUAUGUGUGCUGCAACAUCUCCAGCAGUAAAAUUAUACGAUGAAACUCUUACAUACUUGAAUCAAGGUCAGUCCUAUGAAAUACGGAUGCUAGAUAAUCGGAAAGCUGGAGACAUACCAGAGAUCAAUGGAAAACUGGUGAAGAGUAUUAUAAGAGUUGUGUUCCAUGACAGAAGGUUGCAAUAUACAGAGCACCAGCAGCUAGAAGGUUGGAAGUGGAACCGCCCUGGGGACAGACUUCUUGACUUAGAUAUUCCAAUGUCCGUUGGAGUCAUUGAUAUCAAGACAAAUCCAAGCCAGCUCAAUGCGGUUGAAUUUUUGUGGGAUCCAACAAAAUGUACAUCUGCUUUUAUUCAGGUACAUUGUAUCAGCACUGAAUUUACCCCUCGUAAACAUGGAGGAGAGAAAGGAGUUCCUUUUAGGAUUCAGGUUGACACUUUUAAACAGACUGAAAAUGGAGAAUAUACAGAUCAUCUGCAUUCAGCCAGCUGUCAAAUCAAAGUUUUUAAGCCAAAAGGAGCAGACAGGAAACAGAAAACAGACAGAGAAAAGAUGGAAAAGCGAACUGCACAUGAAAAAGAAAAGUAUCAGCCUUCAUAUGACACCACAGUUCUUACAGAGUGUUCACCAUGGCCUGAUACUCCUACAACAUUUGUAAACAACAGUCCUACUCCUGCUCCAACUUUUACCUCUGCUCAACAUAAUACCUACAGUGUCCCAGACAGCAAUUCUUCCUCCCCAAAUCAUCAAGGAGAUGGAACCUCUCAAGGGUCUGGAGAUCAGCUUCAUCCUUCAGCCACAAUCCAGGAAACUCAGCAAUGGUUGCUCAAGCAUAGGUUCUCUACCUAUACAAGGCUUUUUUCAAAUUUCUCAGGUGCUGAUUUAUUAAAGCUGACAAGAGAAGAUCUGGUACAAAUCUGUGGUCCAGCCGAUGGAAUUCGGCUAUAUAAUGCACUGAAAUCCAGGUCUGUUAGGCCCCGUUUAACAAUCUAUGUCUGUCAGGAGCCGUUAAGGAGCAUACAACUGGAAAGACAAGAUGCAGGCAAUGGUGAUAGCAGCAAUGGUGCAAUAUACGUUUAUCAUGCAAUCUACUUAGAAGAAAUGGCAGCCUCAGAAGUCACACGCAAGCUUGCUUUGGCAUUUAAUAUUCCUUUGCAUCAGAUCAACCAGGUUUACAGACAGGGUCCCACAGGUAUCCACAUUCUUGUUAGUGAUCAGAUGGUUCAAAACUUUCAAGAUGAGAGUUGUUUCUUAUUCACCACAAUAAAAGCUGAAAAUGGUGAAGGCUUCCAUAUAAUUCUGAAGUGAUACCACACAAUUGCUAGACUGAUACUCCACCGCAGAAUGAAGUCCUGCCUAAAGAUUAUGAAGAUCAUCCAAAAACCUUAGGAUCUAACUUCACCGUAUAAGAUGUUUCAUAUUGAAAACACGAAAUGACCUUUCUAAUGAGCUGUUUGAUAGGUGAACUUUCUUAUCACUGCCAUAGCUAAGUGUCCUCAUGAGAGGUAAAAUGCCAUGACAGCUUAUGUACAGGCAUGGAAGACAAUGUAAGCAAAGGUGCUUGCCCUUUACUGAAAUAAGGCAAAUUAUGGCCAGUAGAUACAGUUUCUAGAAGCGAAGCGCUGUUGCUUUUCUAUUCUCUGUAUCCAGUUGGAGAUGAAUGUAAACUCAUUUUGGGGCAUUUACCUUUCUGUGCCAGUUUGUCUGUUACUUGCUUGUACCUUAUGCUGGUUUUAUUUUUUGAUGUUAGCAGAGCACAUAUUAAUCUGUGUGGAGAUGAGUAGUUAAGCUGAUAGUGAUCAGGUUGUCGGGUCUUUGAGAGUAAAGCUGUCAAAACAGCUUCCCGUGUAAAUUGUGUAUAAGAGUGUAUGUAAGAAGUGUAAAUGCCAGAAGAGGGCUUUGAAGAAGCCCUAGACAGAUGCAAUAUAUGCAUGCAGCAAACUGCAUUAUCAGUAGUACCUUAUUGGAGGGAUUAAUAUAAAUCCUAUGGGGUACCAAGUAAUUGUGUUUUGCUUUAACAGAUUUAAUGGAAAAGAAUUGCCUAUGCAUCCUUUAUGUUUAGUUUCCUAGGUUCUCUGCGGAGCACUGCUGCAGUUUAACUCUUUGCUUGUAAAAUUGUGGGUUUAAAAAUACUAGCAGUGAGAGGUGGAUUUUUAUGAUUUAGUGGAAUUAUGCUGAUGAGGGAAGAUGAUCCACUGGCACCACGGGGCUGUCAUAGCUUUCAGCGACAUCAAAUAAAUUGCUUAAGAAACACUAAAUAUACACCAUUUUAGUCGCCUUCCCAGCCCGUAAAGGCCUUGCUGUAGUUGCUAUUACGGACAAGUAUCUUACCUUUUCUGUUGCCCUUUCUUUGCCCUCCCAUACAUACUGUACAGCUCUUACAGUGCCUCUUCCACCUGACCAAAUAGUUACUUUGCUUUUUUCAAUAUUUUGGAUAUUUCUUGUAAAGACAUGGCACAGCAUUUCCUAUGUUAACAUUAAGUUUCAACUGGUUAGGUACUUAAGAGGGGAAUAUUUCAAAAGGUUGUAAGUGGCAGUUUCACAGCUGCCCUUUUGUGCCUUUGAAAAGUUCCACCUUGAUCUCCAGCUUAAAAGCUUGGGAAUAAUUUGCUUUUUAUGCUGCAGUGUUCAAUGUAAACAACUACUACAGCAUGUAAAAAAAGCAACUUUUUUUUGUUUUUUUUGUUCCCUCUUUUCUAACUGGCUCAAGUGCUUAGCAGAAAAGCUUCCUAAAGCUGUAGCAUUUUGAAAAUUUGAGUUCAUCAAAGCUAGAGUUUCUUUCCUGUUUUUAUUGUUUCUGCACUGAAAGUAAAAAUUUAUGUACUUAAACAUUUCUGCCUAUAAGUUGUUCAUCUUUGGGUAUUGUUUGGUCCUAGUAUUUUCUUGAACUGACACUUGUGUCUUUUCAGCUCACACCAUAUUCAAAUCCAAAUGUUUUAUAAAAGUGGAAAAAUCCUUGAUUGGAAAGUAUCCAAGUAUCUAAUUUUAAAGAAUAUUGAAAGUUGUACAGUAGUUUGUCCAGCUCACUUGAAAUUGGAAUUAAAUUAUGGCACCAGCAAAUUGCUUUUGUUUUUUAAUAAGAUGUACACAUUUCAAUUUAAGUAUAAUAAAUGUUUUUCAAUAAUUUUGUAAA